AUGCCGAGAAGAUGUGCCGGUGGAGAUGUCCUGGGGGCAUUGAUAGUGCAGUACUGGCAUCCAGGAGAGAUGGCAGGUGGAGAUCCAGACAUCGUCCAAACCACUGACAGCCAAACUCGAGGUGCCGCUGUCCACAGCGCUCCUCUCAUCAGGGAGCCCAGCUGUGCUUUCCUCAUUUUCCACGAUCCCUCCAACAACACCGACGGCAGCUCUGAAAUCACAGCUACGUUCCCCAGUACUUUGGGCAGUGCUCAUUGGGACCUGGAGAGUGAGCUCCUCAAGCAGCCUGGGGGCAGUGGCGGGGGAGGGGCCGUCCAUUCCUCCCUCCUCUCUGCUCUGCAACCCCCCCCCGUCCCCGCCCCCCGCCCCCCGCCCCCCGGCCCUGGGGCUGGUGGCGUGGCCGCCCGUGACGUCACGGGGCGCAGAGCCGAGCGGAGCCGAACGAAGCCGAGGAGCCCCGAGGAGCCCCGAGGAGCCCCGAGGAGCCCCGAGGAGCCCCGAGGAGCCCCGAGGAGCCCGGACGCCCCCGCCGCGGCCGCCGCGGCCGAGCAGCCGAGGCGACGGCAGGGAAGGAGGGGGCGGCGGGAGCCGGUCCACCCGCCUCCGCCGCCGCCCGCCCCGUCGGGGCCGCCUCCGCCUGAGCUCGGCCCCCAGCCCCGGCCUGGUCUCCGGGCCCGCGCGGAGCCCCGCGGACGAGAGCCAGCCUCCCAGCCCGGGGGUCCGGGCUGCCCGGCGCCUCCCGCCGUCGGGCCGAGAGUCCUCCGCCGCCCCGCCUGCCUGGCGACACCCCGGCCGGGCACGAUGGCUGGCAAAGCGGCGGGAGCCGGCGGCACCGGGAUCCUGCUCGUCACGGCCAACGUGGGCUCGCUCUUCGACGACCCAGAGAACUUACAGAAGAGCUGGCUUCGCGAAUUUUACCAGAUUGUGCACACACACAAGCCGCACUUCAUGGCCCUGCACUGCCAGGAGUUUGGCGGGAAGAACUAUGAGGCGUCCAUGUCCCACGUCGACAAAUUUGUCAAAGAGCUCCUCUCCAGUGACGCCAUGAAGGAGUAUAACCGGGCGCGUGUGUACCUGGAUGAGAACUACAAAUCUCAGGAGCAUUUCACGGCGCUGGGAAGCUUCUAUUUCCUUCAUGAAUCCUUAAAGAACAUCUACCAGUUUGACUUUAAAGCAAAGAAAUAUAAAAAAGUCACUGGCAAAGAAAUCUACUCGGACACGUUAGAGAGCACACCCAUGCUGGAGAAGGAAAAAUUUCCCCAGGAGUAUUUCCCAGAGUGCAAAUGGUCCAGGAAAGGCUUCCUGCGGACGAGGUGGUGCAUCUCUGACUGUGCCUUCGACCUGGUGAACAUUCACCUUUUCCAUGAUGCUUCCAAUCUAAUUGCCUGGGAAACAAGCCCGUCGGUUUAUUCCGGAAUUCGGCACAAGGCCCUGGGUUACGUGCUUGACCGGAUAAUCGACCAGCGGUUCGAGAAGGUGUCGUACUUUGUCUUCGGAGAUUUCAACUUCCGGCUGGACUCCCGAUCCGUGGUGGAGACACUUUGCACAAAAGCCACAAUGCAGACCAUCCGCGCAGCUGACAGCAACGAAGUCGUCAAGUUAAUAUUCCGUGAAUCUGAUAAUGAUCGGAAGGUCAUGCUGCAGUUAGAGAAGAAGCUAUUUGAUUACUUCAAUCAAGAAGUGUUUCGAGACAACAACGGGACAGCGCUCCUGGAAUUCGACAAAGAGCUGUCUGUCUUUAAAGACAAGUUGUAUGAACUGGACAUCUCAUUUCCUCCCAGUUACCCAUACAGUGAAGACUCGAGCCAAGGAAGGCAAUACAUGAAUACCCGAUGUCCGGCAUGGUGCGACCGUAUCCUCAUGUCCCCGUCAGCCAAGGAGCUCAUCCUGAGAUCUGAAAACGAUGAGAAGAUUGUGACCUACGACAAUAUUGGGCCCAAUGUCUGCAUGGGAGAUCACAAGCCGGUGUUCCUGUCCUUCCGCAUCGCUCCGGGGGCAGGUAAACCCAGUGCUCAUUUGCACAAGUGUUGUGUCGUGCAGUGACGUGUUGGGAGAAGAUGCCAGCGAAGCGAGAAGAUCUUUCGGGAGACUGCCUUGUAGCCUGCCAGGAGGAGGAGGAGGAGAAGCAGUAUGCUGAAACCCAUUCUAUUUAACAACUUAUUGAUAAACCAGUCCUGAGUGCCACAUUUGUAGACUGCUGACCACACGCUGCUUCCGCACCAGGACGCUGUUCAAGGAGAGCCUCACAUACCUCACUGUCUUGUAUGUUCCUGUGACGUCAAGUAGAAAUGUGGAAUUUUUUAAUAAGUCACAGUCCUGUUGCCAAAACGCUAAUAGACUGCAGAAGUAGUCUGCCUUUUAGGUUUCACCAUUUUCAACUCUUAAACGAUUGUUGGCCGACGGAAAGAGGCUCCUUCUGCCUCCUGAGAGCCCGGGGGCGCAGCGGCGGGGGAGGGGGGGCUGUCCGCCGGACUGUGUAGAUAGAUAGCAAUACUUAGCGAUGGCGCGCUCUCGCCACCAGCUUAGGGUAGCUCAUCCUCGUCCUUGACUCAUUGGUGAUUUUUACUGAUAGGACUUGUGUUUCCCCAGUUUCAUGUUAUUUACUCUACUGCCAUGGUCCAUGGUUUUUUGAAUCACACUGCAGCUGCUUUCCAUUUUUAUAUAUAUAUAUAAAUAUAUAUAAAUAUAUAUACUUUUUAAGAAUAAUUUAUAAAUCUUACCAAAACCUAUGCUAAGUAGACUUUCCAGUCUGAAGCCUGCCAGAGGCGUUCAGUCAGCCCCUCAUGUUGGAGCCCGAGGUUGAUUUAGUUCCUUCCAUACCAGCCACCAGAACCUUUAGAACACACCCCGUGCAGCCCCGUGCCCCUUCCCCUGGCCACCCUCCUCUUUCUGUGCUCCUUAGGGAUGGAAGGUGAUGUGAUAGCUAGGCUGGGGAAUGGGUGUCCCCUUUCAGAACCUGGUGACCCAUUCUAAACAGCCUUCUUUUGUCACUGUCUGUGGUGCCAAGUAGUCUGGCGACAACAGUCACAUCCUGGAAGAAAUAAAGCAACCUCAUCUGCUUCAGGUAGAAACUGCUUCUCACUGUUUUAGGAACCCCCCUGUCCCCACCCAGGCAAGCCACUCUGGACAGAGCUCUCCUCCGCCCACCCCCUCGGGCCCCCACCUCAGCUCGGUACAGCAUUAAAAGGUGAUCAGUGAGGCUGUUGACGAAACACAGGCGUGGGUUUUAUCGACUCCAUUUAGACACUACAGAGUUCACGGACUGGGUGAGGGCAUUCCGCGGACGCCGGAGGGGCCGUAAAUCACUACGAUGUUGGUGUGUCUGUGUCCGCUUGCAGGAUUUGUUCUGUUGCUAGCACCACCGGAUUUGGGCGUGUGCGCCUCUGGAGGGAGAGAAAUGCCGCGGCCUGAUCCGUGGCCAGCGAGUGUGCUCUGCCGCAGUUUCAACGCGGGUAAUUCUCUUGGGCGUGAAUUUCACUUGUGAAAUAACUUGGAAGGCCUUGAGAAAUGAGAACUCUGUUCUCGAGCAAUAAAAAUGAUCUUGGUGACUGUG